AUGUCCACAUCGGCACCGUUACCACGUACAUCGCGUAAACAACCUUGCCGAUACCUUAAGGAACAACAGGUGCAACCACAACCUCGUUAUGAAUGCCUUCAGGAUCAAUGUGAACAGGAAAACGUCAAGUCAUCUCGUGCAAUGUUGCCUCCUACACGUGGAAGUAAUGUAAAGCCGGUGGUACCAUAUGCUACUUCGUUUCCAUGUUCCAGAUCUCAAGAGGAACCCUUUUCACACCAGAUAAAAGGACAGUGCGUGAAGCCACAAAGCGUACCAGAGGCAUCACUGAUGAGUUCCAUGGCUGAACUUGUUCAUGAUAUUAUUCCACAGUCAACGAAUCCACAAACUGUUCCAGAGCGAAUUGAAUGGGUCAAUAUUCAGAAGUGUUCAAAUGUAAAUGAUCGAAAACGUGUGGUUGAUGUGGUAGUUGUUGGUCUAGCCAGGGGAUAUCAAAUUUGGGCACGCAUGGAAAAUGGUAAUUGUAGAGAAAUAUUAUCGGAGCGACAAGGUCCACUUCGAACGGGUCUUUUAUUGUCUGUGGACUGUGAACCAAGUUUUGGCAUUCAUCAUGAUGGGUUCAAAGGUUUUCGUCCAUUAUUUGCACUAGUCGAUGAGAACACAUUGAUUCCAGACCGACAGUGCUGUACAGUAUCUUUUGUUUCACUUUUGAGUGCCCAGUUUGUGCAUAAAAUUAAUUUCGCAAGUCCUGUGCAGGCACUCGCAGCUUCUACCAAAGUAUUCGUUGUAUCCUUUGUUGAUCACAUUGUGAUCCUUGAUAUGAUGUCACUGCGAGAGCAACGUACUAUAUGUAAUACUCAAAUAUAUGAAGGUUCUGGUACUACUCCUUUCGCUAUUUCGGAUGUCUUCUUAGCUUUCGCUACUUCAGAACUACAACAAGAAUGCCAAAGUUGUGGUGGAAUGGGUGGUGAAGAUAUAUUUCAAGAUUCGUCUAGUUACAGCGUAGUAAGUGUAGCAAGGAACUUUACCAAAACAUUGACUUCGUUUGGUAAUUCAGUCGUUUCAACGCUUUCUGCAUCUCAGCAGCCUAAAGAAUUGCUAAGUUCAGUCGCUCAACCUGGAAUUAUAACUGUGGUGGAUGUAAAUAAGCUUCCAGUUGAUAGUAAUAUUAGUAAUAUUGAAUACGUAGAUGCAGUUAUAGCACAUUUCGUUGCUCAUACGGAACCAAUUGGUUUUAUAGCGUUUGGAAAUGGUGGACAACUACUGGUAACUGCAGGACAAUCUUCUACUUAUUUUCACGUAUUUCUCAUUCAUCCUCAUCCUGGUUCUUCAUUGCUUGGUGCUGUGCGUCAUCUCUACAGAUUAUAUCGUGGUACUACUCCUGCUAAGGUAGUUAGCUGCAGUUUUUCUAUUGAUAAUCGUUGGUUAGCAAUAGCCACAAAUCAUGGAACUACUCACAUUUUUGGUAUAUGUCCAUAUGGUGGUAAGGUGACCAUUCGCACUCAUGGUGGUGAAAUUGUUAAUAGGGAAUCGAGGUUCCAUCGCUCCGCUGGUUUACCAGAAAUGGGUUAUAUUAAUGUAAAAAAAGCAGCCGAAACACGAGGUCAUCAGUUUGGUGGUGCACAAGUUUGUAGAGAACAUCCCGAUGUUUCUCGAUGUAACAUUGCGCGUUCAGUAAGUAAUCCACGUAUCGGUCCUUAUCCAAAUCCGAUAGGUAUGGAAGCGCAUGUGAGAAUAAAGCAAAGAUUUUACUCAGCUGACAAUCUGAGUGCCUGGGCUUCGGAUAUGACACCUGCUUCACUUAGUUCUGGAAAGAAAUACUAUAAGGCGUCGACCAAACCGAGUGAUCAGCAUCGUUUAUCGAUUUCAUUCGCUUCGAAUUCUAUACCUAAUCAGAAAAACACUUCUCUUUUGGUAAUCAACAAUGAUGGUGUUUUGACGGAAUAUUUACUAUCGGUCACAUCUGCUCCGCACCAUGGAACGAGUGGAAUAUUUACUCCAUGUGUGCCACAGCGAUUGAAUCCUGAUGAAACACUGAUUCAGUGUACUCCAACUGCAGUAGCUCAAUGGACUUUACAAAGGAAUAAACUAUCAGCAGAUUUUCGUGCACCUAUUUGUGAGCAAAAUCCUUUGUGGAUGUGGUUCAUUCCUCAUGAUGUAUGUGAGGAGAAAAAUGAAGAAGAGGAAGUAAAUGCGAAGUGGAUAAGCCAGAUUGAGGUGCUGACAUAUUUAGAUCCUCAUCGACGCUUAUGGAUGGGACCGCAGUUUUCAUUUCGAACAUAUAUUCAAUCAUUGGAACAUGCUAGUGCUGAUUUGAUUACUCCCGGAUCAAAUGAAGAUAGAUUACGAAGCGGUAUAACUAAAUCGGUUCCUGUGAUAAUUGAAGCGACAGGAUCACUCGGUAGUUUUGAUGUUGGUGAACCGACUGAGGUCAUUGCGGGAAGUUGGUCGAGUGAUUUUGAUCCUAAAGGUAUUAAAAGACAAAAGGUACUGGAAAGGAAAAUUGAAGAAGCCAUGCAUGAAUUAACUGUUGAUGGGGAACGUAAUGGAUUUCAGAGUGGAGAUGGUGACACAUCAAGCGAUGAGUCACAGGGAAGCAUUGGUAGUUCAUCCCAUGAUAGCAUCAGCAGCCAAGUACCAAAUAUGGACAUAUGA